AUGAGUAUCCAUAAGUUUAUAUGGGAAGUGGUGAAGAAAUCAUUCGCUGGAGGUAUUAUAGCGCUUACCAUUUCAGAUAGAUUGUGUAGCUUUGUUCCGGUGAGAGGAGAUUCCAUGUCUCCGACAUUCAAUCCCCAUCGAAAUUCUUAUUUAGAUGAUUAUGUAAUGGUGGAAAAAUUUUGCCUCAAGGAUUACAAGUUUGCGCGUGGUGAUGUCGUAGUGUUCAGCUCUCCGACUCAAUUCGGGGAUAGAUACAUAAAGAGGAUAGUUGGGAUGCCUGGAGAAUGGAUGAGUAGUUCUCGGGAUGUGAUCAGAAUCCCAGAAGGUCAUUGUUGGGUUGAAGGAGAUAACAAAGCUUCCAGCUUAGACUCGAGAACAUUUGGCCCUAUACCUUUGGGUUUAAUUCGAGGACGGGUCACUCGUGUCGUGUGGCCUCCUCAAAGACUAGGCAAGAUUUGA